AUGGACAACAACUCACCAAAGCUGACGAGGUCCGACUCUACUGGUCCAUUCGCGUAUCAAACACGUCUUUUGGAACGCACUAGCUCGCGUGCAGGCUCUAUAUCGCGCAACAACUCGACACCACACAAAGACUUGCUUUCAAAUCUCACAGGGUCAUCGAACGGCACCCCGACGAAUACGAGAAGAUGGACGCCUACGCACCGUGUUGGACAUAGCCUGGAUGCUAUACGCAAGUGGGAAGAACGGGCAAAGACUGAGACAACAGACGAGGUUCAACACAUACCGCGAUCGGCUUCCCCGACGAAGAUGGGGUCUGAUUAUCGGAGCUCGUAUACACCGGAUACGAACCGUAUAGGGUCGGGCUCGAGCUUGAAGCAUGAUGAUGAUCGGCCCCCAACGCCGCCCCCCAAGAACCAACCCGACGAAGACGUCUUCCGGACUCCAACGUACAUGAAGCGCCGCACAAUGCCAUCGCCGAUUGUAGCUUCUCCCUUGUCGCCCAAUAACACGGGUGCUACCGUCGAAUCUGGCCCUGGUAUCCUGGGAAGGCCAGUACAACAGAUACAUAUCCCGAGUUCGUUUACUUCGUCAUUGGCAUCAUCGUCCAGUUCGGGGUAUAGACCCCGAACGACGAGCCAGGUUGCCGUACCCCCUUCACCUGUCACACCUUCAUCUAUUUCACGCGCAGGUACGGAGAAUGUCUUUGGUCUAGGGCUCAAGAAAUCAUCACCACCCGCUCGGUAUCGUCGAUCGAAUACUGUAGAUACACCACCCCCCAGUUGGCAGAGGUCUCCUACCAAAGACUCCGCUGCCCCUCCUAGUGCCUUGGAUACACUGCCACCCAGUUGGCAGAGAUCUCCCGCCAAAGAUACAUCCACACCUUCCUCCACAGAUACACCUCCACUAAGUUGGCAGAGGCCCGCCACCAAAGAUACAUUUGCGGCAGCGCUGUCUCCAGCACCUAGCCUUUCGAGGCGCCCUACAUCCCUCUAUGGGUCACCCUAUACAGCCGCACCUCCGUCACCUAUUAAAAGCUACUCAAGGCCCUCUUCUAGUGCCGGCUUCUCCUCCGCAACGAGCUCAAAGGUGACGAACGAUGAAACACCCCCACCGUCUUCAUCGGUCAUGUCUCCAACGCCUUACCGUAGUUCGUAUGUGGCGAAGAAAGCUUCCUUGUAUGGGAGUAACCUCGGUACAGGACGGAAGCUUGGUCGGCAUUUGCCCCGUAUAGCAAGUGGAGACGGGGACGAACAUUGGCUAGAGGAACAGAGGACAACGGAACAGAAGGAUGAAGAGGACCGAGCUAGCCGCAGAGAGAAGAGGGAGAGGAGGAUGAGGGAUUGGGGUCAAGAAGAGGCAUCGUCCCCUGUGCGCCGUCAACUAACUGUUGAUCCGGCGCCAGUCAGCGCGACCGAUGUGGUUGGGAUUCCAGGUCGGCGUCGUCUGGCUAAGGAUGCGGCUCCGAGUACUCCCACAUCGCCCCUCCCAUCUGCCAGACUGCUACGAGGGACAUGGGCUGAUGUUGAGAGGCAACACAUUCAGGCUUACGAGUAUCUAUGCCACGUUGGUGAGGCUCAGCAGUGGAUUGAAGGAUGUCUUGGCGAAGAGCUUGGAUUUGGUGUUGUGGAGAUGGAAGAAGGGCUGAGAAAUGGUGUCGUGUUGGCGAAGUUGGUGAGGGUGUUCCAAGGGGAGAGCGUGGUUAGGAGGAUUUAUGAGGCGCCCAAGCUGGAUUUCCGGCAUUCGGACAACAUCAAUAUAUUUUUCAAUUUUGUCCGGGAGAUUGGACUCCCAGAGUGCUUUAUUUUUGAGCUGACCGAUCUUUACGAGAAGAAGAACCUUCCCAAAGUUGUCUACUGCAUCCAUGCGUUGAGUCAUCUUCUUGCUCGCCGUGGAAUGGCAGAACGGAUAGGUAACCUGUAUGGUCACCUCAAGUUCUCCGAUGAUCAACUACAGAAGACACAGAAGGGUCUUUCUGAUGCGGGUGUGCCCAUGCCUAACUUCGGCGACAUUCAGCGCGAACUCGCAAAAGAGAUCAAUGAAGAGCCAGAGGUGGAAGUUGAGACUGAGGAAGAGCGACGCGACCGAUUACUUAUGGAAAACGAAGAUUCGAUUAUUGCCGCACAAUCUCUGUUCCGAGGAUUCCUCGCUCGCAAAGCUCAAACCAACCUCCAAAUGCGCAUGCGAUUGGCCGACAGAUAUGUAGUCAAACUCCAAGCCCAAUUCCGGGGAACGUUAGCAAGAAGGGCUCGGGCCCAGCACAGACAAUCGCAAUUGCAGCUACUCCCUUGGAUCAUAUCUGUGCAAGCUACGGCCCGUGGCGGGCUUUUUCGCAAACAAUGGUAUUUGAAGGUGCGCCGUAUCAAGGCCUCGGUCCCGCAUGUAGUCAAGGUACAGGCACAACUUCGAGGCAUACUCCUACGUAGGCGCUUCGCUAAACUCAAGGCAGCUCUCAGAAAGAGUAAUGUCUCGGUCACCAAGUUGCAAUCCAUCGCACGUGCCCGCAUCGCGCAAAAGGCGCACAACGAGAUUGCGAAAACGUUCGCGAUACCCCUCGUUCAUCGUUCAGUCGUAGGUCUACAGGCCCAUGCGAGAGGCGCCUUGGCAAGACGAAGAGUAGCUCGACUCCAUGCCUUACUCAAGCGUACCGAGCCUAGUGUUGCAAGUGUGCAGGCGCAAUGUCGGGCUUUGCUAGCACGAAGGCGCUUCCGCAACCAACUAGCUAAACUUGAAGACGUCACGAAUGUCAUUAUUCGCAUCCAAGCCGCCGCCAGAACGUUUUUAGCCAAGAAACGACUCCUGGCGCUGAUUCGCGGUCUACGGCGCGCCACUUCUACGCUCGUUGGCCUUCAAGCCCGUGCUCGAGCGAAGUUGGCACACCAGAAACACGUCAACUUACAGAAGGCUCUCGGACAAGCGAAGACUAUCGUCGCCGUCAAUAGCUUCCAGGCUCGCGCUCGAGCUGCAUUGGCGCGGAAGAGACAUCAGGAACUACACCGAGAACUGGAAUUCCAUUAUCCAGAAAUGGUUGGCCUACAAGCUGCCACACGAGGCGCUCUCGUGCGCCUGGAAUAUCGUGCUUGGAGAGACCAUCUGAGGAGCAGCUACCCAGUUGCGACUAUCCUACAAGCAAUGCUCAGAGGGACGCUCUUCCGCAAGAAGUUCCGUGCCAAAAUGGAGUACUUCCGCGUCAAUCUCUCCAAGGUGGUCAAGAUCCAAUCCCUUUUCCGUGCCAAGGAAACAAGGGAACAAUACCGCCAGCUAACAAUGGGCACCAAUGUUACGACUGGCACAAUCAAGAAUUUCGUUCACCUUCUUGAUGACUCAGAAGCCGACUUCCAAGAUGAGAUCAAGGUCGAAAGGCUCAGAAAGAGGGUCGUCGAGAGCAUAAGGGAGAACCAAGUUUUGGAAACCGAUCUGAAUGAUUUGGACGUGAAGAUUGCCCUGGUCGUCGACAACGCCAAAAGUCUGGAAGAAAUUCUGAAAGCUAGACGACGUCUUGGCGGAGAUUCCGCUGCAGUUCAUGCUGCGCGCACAUCCCUCUUAGCAGCACAUAGCGACCCAUUUUCAGGAGCUGCGAGCCUUGACCGGGAGGCGAAAAGGAAACUCGAGCUGUAUCAGCAACUUUUCUACCUCCUACAGACCAGGGGCGAUUAUCUCAGCCGCCUUUUCACAGAGCUGUCUGCCGAAGAAAUUUCCGAGGAAAACAGGAAGUUCACCGAGCGCGUUGUUCUGACGUUGUUCGGUUAUGGUCAAGAUCGGAGAGAGGAUUAUUUACUUCUCAAAGUGUUCCAGCAUGCGAUUCGAGAUGAAGUGAAUGCUGCAUCAUCCAUUGAGGAUGUUGUUACCGGUCACCCGAUGUACAUGAACAUCGCGGUGCAUUACGUGCGGCGGAAGCAAGUGAUUUAUGUUCGGGAUACCCUGCAGGCCGUCAUUCGCGAAGUCAUCGAUACAGAAGACCUUGAUCUUGAGGCUGACCCAUCUCUUAUUCAUCGCACCAGAAUCGAUGUUGAGGAACUCAAAUCAGGAGUGCCGAGCGGCGUCCGCAAAGAUUUACCAUUUCGAGAAGCCUUGAACGAUCCUGCUACAAGAACAGAGUACAUCAGGCAUCUCCAAGUGUUGCAAUGGUGGACAGAGGCCUUCGUCACUGCUCUCACCGCUUCGACCAAGAAGAUGCCUUAUAGCAUGCGAUAUCUUGCGAGGGAGACCUUGAGCGCUGUCCGAGAGCGAUUCCCUGGUGCUUCAGAGGAGUCUUAUGCAGCCUGCGUGGCUCGGUUGAUAUACUAUCGAUAUAUCAAUCCUGCGAUCAUCACACCGGAAACCUUCGAGAUCGUAGGGAAGACAAUCGACAUUGGCUCGCGCAAGAACUUAGCCCAGAUCUCCAAGAUAUUGACACAGAUAACUCAUGGCCGAGAAUUUACUGAAGACACACCUAGCUAUAUUCCUAUCAAUGGGUAUGUCAGUAAGGCGAUUGGGCAGAUGACCUCCUGGCUAUUGGAAGUUGCCGACGUGGCCGACGCCGAAUCUACGUUCCAUGCUCACGAGUUCCUCGACGUCACUGCACAGCCAAAGCCAAUCUACAUCUCCCCAAAUGAGAUAUAUACGAUACAUGGACUGCUUUCCCAACACUUGGAACAUCUCGCGCCGAGUUCUGAUGACACCCUGCGAGUGAUCAUCAGUGAAUUAGAUGGCGUCCCCCAUCUUAACGAUGAACUCAAAGAUGCCCGCGAUCAAGCUAUCACACUGGAACUAACGAACCGGUUUGCUCAUGUUGAGGACUCUGAGGCAAAAGAGAAGGCUCUUUGGGUUCAAGCCAAACGUGGUGUCCUUGCCAUUCUCCGUGUCCAGCCAGCUCAAGAGUUAGUCGAGGCUCUUAUGCGACCUGUCAACGAGGUGGACGAACAACGCUGGGAAGAGGUUUUGGACCAUGAGAUGGAGAAUGAGCAAGUUCGUAACAUUGACCGUCGUAUGCCGUCUACCUCUGGGGCAGAUGGUACUUACCGUUUGGAGGACAUACGCUCGUUGAAAUUCGCUGCGGUCAAAGCUCUAACAAUAUCUUUCCUUCUGGACCUGGAGACCCUAGGGAAGAUUACACGGAAUGACGGAUUUCAAGGCAUCCUAAAUGCGAUCGCUGUUGACGUUCGAAGUAAACAUCGGAAGCGCUUGCAACGUCAACAGGAAAUGGAGAACAUGAACCAAGCACUCACAGACUUGUCCGAGCGCAAGCGAAACUAUGAAGAGCAGAUCAACAGCUAUCACAGUUAUGUCGAGAGCGCGAUAAGCACGAUGUCCAAAGGGAAAGCCAAGAGCGGUUGGGUUGUCCCUUUCACGAAGCAGUGGUCGCAUCUUCGCAAUCUCCAGCGGUCAGGGCAAGCUCCCCAAUUUGGAUCGUAUCUGUACACGGCGAAGGAUCUUUACGAAAAGGCCAUUCUCCUGUCUGUUGACCAGUACUCACCGCGGCAGUUUGAUAAGAUCCAUCUCAUCAUCUCGUCAAAUACUCCCGGUGUCUUCAAUCUCCUUCUUGAAUCCACCAUUCACGGAAUCACUUCAAGGCUUGCAGGCGAAGACAUUCGGCUGGAGGAUCUCCUUCAGGCUCGCUUUGACAAUCGAUCUUCGUACUCACUAUUCAAUGGCAUCGUCAAAGUCAAUCUCAACCAGUUCUUGUAUCAGCUUAACAAAAAGUUCUACCGUUCGAGUUUCAUAUUUGGUUGA